UUUUACAUUCAACCAUGUAUAUACCUACAAUAGAAUUUUUGAGUAUAUUACAGCUAUACUACGCUCCAUACAUCAAUAACAACCGAUAAUUCAUUCAGAUGCAAGCCCGACACCUCUCUUCCUGUCUUGCAGUUAACAUCCGGUAUCGCUACGAGUGAAGACUUCUGGGAUAUUGUGAAAAUAGCGUGCGAAGUUCAGCGUGCCGGAAGUAACGCUUGCUGUUACUACCAAUCACCAGUCGACGUACGACACCGCGGAAAUUCGACAUAUCAAUCCGUUGACUAUUUCUUCAGUCAACGAUGAAUUUGCCAAUGAAUUAAAGUCGAAAAUGUCGAGUACUAUUUCACCAGUCUGUGCCCUACCAAAAUCCACGCAGUCGUUUGAGCGAAUGCUUGAAGCAAUAGAUCUCCGGGAAAUGGACGUUACACGAGAUAUCAAUAGCAUAGGUUCGGAUAUUUUCAGCGAUGUAGCCACCGAAAACUAUCCAACGUGCUCAAAAGAGAACGAGCAUGAUGACGUCUUUGAAAGCUCAUUGAAUGAUAUCUUUGCAACAUACAAUGAUCUUGAUGGCAAUAAGCCUAUUGAUCUCGACUCGCAACAACCAGUUCCUAUGCAAGACAAUACUUCUGAUCGUAGUUUGGACUACUACAGCCUCUGUACAGAAUGCAAAUGUAAUGCUACCGAGCAUAGGCUAAUUGAGUUGGCUGAUGUCAGCACAAUGGCUGAGAUUGAGUUUGAAACUGACGAUAAUGGUGGUAUCUCGCAAGCCCAGGAUUUGUCACCUCUGACUGAUCAAACUAUGGAAUCAAACAAUUGCAUUUCUGUGCACAUCUCAUCUGGGCUGUCUGCUGAUUCAAUGAAGAGGAGUCCAUCUGCACAGCUCUCUUUAACUCCUGUAAAUCCAACCAAACAAUUCAAGAAUGGUCCACUUGUUAUCAAUGUCAAACCCAUACAACAAAAGUCUGAUGAUAAACAGUUAUCUUCACGAAAACGUUCUCUUGAUGCUCUUUCUCACCACCUUGAAACACCAACAGGACAAUUGCUUGACAAUGAAUCCAAGAAAACCUGUCUGAACCAUGUGAAUGAGUUUAAAUUCAAAAGUAGUAUUUCAGCUGCUAUUACAGAAAGCAGUAACUGGAAAAGCAGCAAACUUAACAUGACACGUAAACUCUCAGAGCUGAAUUUAAUCAGUAGCUCAAGACCGAUAAAAGCAGUUACAGACCUUUGGGUUACUGGAACCAGAGACUCAGGGGCACAUGAGAAGGCUAGUAGUAACGAUAGUAAGAAUGCUACUCAACAUGUUAAAGUAAAACACAAAUGUUUUACCGUUUCUGAUUAUGAUGAAGUAACCAGAAAACCUUCACUAGAUAUUCCAAUAUUAGACCAAAAUGACUGUAAAAUACUGGAGCUGAAAAAAAGCAAGGAAAAAAGUCUUCCAACUGAUGAAGUAGAGCUUCAAAGUCCAUGGUUCUGUGAACACACUUCAAAUGAAAAUGAUCAACAUUCAGUGAAUGGAAAAUCACUGUCAAAAGGUGAAAAUGAUAAGCAGAUGAGUUUGGAACCUGAUGCAUCUACAUUCAAUGGUAGUACAAUUGAAGAAAUGCAUUACAUAAAUGAUUCAAUUGGGAUAGAUCAUUUAAAUGAUAAUAAAUCAGUUGAUGACAAUGAAAGCAUUCUAUCACAUAAUAAUUCUACAUUCAGCCAGUUCACAAUUGAAGAAGUAUAUAUAAUGAAUGAUACUGAUACUAUCAACUCUAUAAAAACCUCUGCAGUAAUCAAUAAAACAACUAAUAAUACGACUAGCCCAAUAGAAAAUGAUUCAUUGGAAUAUCGGGCGAAUAUUGAAGUCAAAAAAACUACAAAUACAAAAGUUGAUACAUCUUUACCACCACAGAUCAUCUUGGAGUCCAAUGAUGUAACAAAAAGGACUGAAAUGACCGAUAAUGAUACUGAACUUUGGGAUUAUAAUAACAAAUAUCGGACCGAAAUCGCUGAUAGAGCUGUUGGAGAUACUGGUGAAAAAAAAAUAUUAGGUUCGCCAACAGAUCUCAAACUACGACUUACACCCACACCACAAAAUAAUGAAAGUUUGAUGCAAGAUGAAAUGAUACGGGCAGAUAUUAAUCCUCUGAAUUCAGUGCAAGAGGCCAAAGGCACUAACUCAUCUAUACAUUCACAAUCUAGAAAUACAAACAUUCUCGGGUCCUCGGAUGACUUGAUUUUAGAAUUUUCAAUAGAUUCAAGGAAUGAGAACAUGAAUAUCACAAUCGAAGAUCAGAAAGCUAGAGAGACACAGGAAACUAGUUCUAUUCAUAUAACUGAAAAACCUAUUAGUAUCAUCAUAUCACAAGACAGAAGCCAAAAUAAAAACGAGACCAAACUUCAUCCCACUAGUAGUACUACCGCCAAUGUAGAUAGUGGUCCUCUUGGAAAUUCUGUUCUCCCAAAAGACAUUGCAUCUGUAAAUAUGCAUCCAUCCAAUGUACUUGGAAAUUUCUAUCUGAAAACUCUGCCAGAUCAUCUGUUAGGUGAGACUAGGAAGGAAAAUAUCAAAAUAAUGGACAAAAUUUUUGUUCCCGACAAUCCCAAAGUUGUUGUUCCAAAUCUGACUGGUACACAAAAUACAAACCCUCCGAAAAAAAUCUCCCAAAGUCCACCGGCAGAUUUCAGUUCACAAUUCUUGACCGAAUCGCAGUUGCAGAGAAUUGAUCAAGAGACUUGUACAAAAGCUAGUUCUAUAAUCAUGACUAAUUUGGGUAAUAUUCACCCUAGAACAAUAACAGAGGAGCAAGAAGUAUUCUACAAACCUGAACGAAUGAAUCUGUCUGCUGAGAAAGAUCCCAACUUGGAUAUACCAAAUUGGGUAAAAAAUCCUGUUCCUGAACCAGACUAUGAGAGAAUCAAACAUUCAUUGCACUUGCGACGACAACACAUGAAACAAAUGCUCCAGGAAAUACUCAGACUAAGCACUAUCAUUUCCAAAAUAGGACGUAUACUCAAUGCUGAUGAAAGUGAGUACACUCCAGAACUAGCACCCCGUAAUUUAGAAAUUCCAUCACAUUCCCCAAUAAGUGGAGCAAAAAAAAGUUCAAAUAACUGCUCUGCAAUCCAGAGAGUUUCUGUUGACACACCAACGAGCGCUAAACGCUGUAGUAAUAUGAUGCCGGACAAUAUCGAAGAUGGGAUGUUUUAUCGUGCACACUUGAGAAGAUCAAACUAUGAUACUUCUUCUAACAAUCCGAAAAAUAGCAGACAAGUGCCAUCGAAAAGUUACACCGACAUGAAACCGAUUAUUACUGGAGUCCACAAUCGCACCACAACUAGUCUCAGAGGUGAUGAACUUUGUACGUCUGAGAAAAGUAUUGAAAAGUAUGAUGUUCCUUCCAUAUUUUAUGGGCAAGGUGAUGUGACUCUCAAUAAUUGUAAAGUUCCCAUCAAGCAUGUGCAAUUCGAUACUACCAAAGCUCCAACCUUUUACACUACAACCAAUGUAUUCAAUUCGUUGGAAAAUGAAACUACAAAGACUGAAGUUUGCAAGAAAAAUAUCUGGUCCAGUACCGCAGAGAAUUGGAAGCCGAAACAAAAAACAUCAUUGACAAACCAAGUUACUUCAGAGACCAGUCAAAUAGCUCGAGCUCAAAUGAACAUAGGGAACCAGUUGCAAGAAAAUACGUUAAAUACUUUACUUUUUCGCAAAGAUGAGACAGUUCCGAAUAAGAAAUACAAAAAUAAUGAUUCACUCUAUACAUCGAAAAACGUACAGCCUAUUAAUAAUAGAGCAAUAUUUUAUUCACAUGAUAAACCUUCUGUGUCGUCACACAAUGCAUCUUCAACCAAUAUGUAUACAGGAUUACCUUACAAUACCAUUUCAGACAAGACAAACCAAUCAUCAAGACCUGUGAAAGUGGAAGAUAAUCCAGUUUUUUCAAUAAACAAUGUUAAUGAUAACAUUUUCUACGGCUGUAAUACAAGAAAGCGGGUGACCUUACAAAAUCAGUAA